CCAUGGGCUGUGGGCAGGAUUUGAACCCUGUUGUGCUUGUUUCUGACAGGAGUGUUUGCUUGCAGGGCACCCGGGUGUGGCUGCGAGAGCAGGACCAGCUGCAGCCAUGCACUGUUGGCUCCUGUGCGGACGGGACUGUGCUCUUCACCUCCGACUAUGGGCCGGUGUUCUGCCAUCCAAAGCCCUCCCUGUCCAGGGAGAAGGUCUUGCUGAUGCACCAGACCAGCGUGGCGGGUGUGGAGGACAUGUCCACACUGGGAGACCUGCAUGAGGCUGCCAUCCUGCUCAACCUGCAUCAGCGAUACCAACAGGACAGCAUCUAUACGAAUAUUGGCUCCAUCCUGGCAUCAGUCAACCCCUACAAGCACAUUCCUGGUCUGUACAAUGCAGCUGCCAUAGACUUGUACAGGCAGCACUGCCUGGGGGAGCUGCCACCCCAUAUCUUCGCCACGGCUAAUGAAUGCUAUUGCUGCUUGUGGAAGCGUCAUGACAGCCAGUGUGUCCUAAUAAGCGGCGAAAGUGGAGCUGGGAAGACGGAGAGCACCAAACUGCUUCUUAAAUUCCUGUCUGCCAUGAGCCAGUGCUCUCUAGGGGGGCUGGCAUCCGAGAAGAGCACUCACGUGGAGGAGGCCAUCAUGGAGAGCAGCCCAAUCCUGGAGGCCUUCGGCAAUGCCAAGACAGUAUAUAACAACAACUCUAGUCGCUUCGGCAAGUUCAUCCAGCUGCACUUCUCCCAGCAUGGACACAUCCAGGGUGGGCGAGUCACUGACUAUUUGCUGGAGAAGAACCGGGUGGUGCACCAGAACCCAGGUGAGCGGAACUACCACGUGUUCUAUGCACUGCUUGCUGGUGUUGCUGGUGAGGAGAAAGAAGCCCUGUCCCUCUCAGAGCCAGAGAGCUACCACUACCUUAACCAGUCUGGCUGUAUGAAUGACAAGAACCUGAAUGAUGCAGAGAUGUUCAAUAAGGUCAUGACUGCAAUGAAGGUGAUGGAGUUUAGCACAGAGGAGGUCCGGGACAUCUUCAAGCUUCUGUCUGGCACGCUACAGCUGGGAAACAUCGAGUUCAUGACGGCCGGUGGAGCCCAGAUCACCACCAAAGCAGUACUGAACAUUGCCAGUGACCUCCUGGGCCUAGAUGCCUUCCAGCUAUCUGAGGUGCUGACGCAGAGAUCCAUGAUUCUCCGAGGAGAAGAGAUCAGCUCUCCUCUCACUGUGGAGCAGGCAGCUGACUCCAGGGAUUCUCUCUCUAUGGCACUGUAUUCCCAGUGCUUUUCAUGGCUCAUUGGCAAGAUUAAUACAAAGAUCAAAGGCAAGGAAAACUUCAAGUCUGUGGGCAUCCUGGACAUCUUUGGCUUUGAGAACUUCCAGGUGAAUCGGUUUGAGCAGUUUAACAUUAACUAUGCAAAUGAGAAGCUCCAGGAGUACUUCAACAAGCACAUCUUCUCCCUGGAGCAGCUGGAGUACAACAGGGAGGGGAUAAGCUGGGAAGCCAUUGACUGGAUGGAUAAUGCAGAGUGCUUGGAUCUCAUUGAGAAGAAACUGGGACUGUUGGCUUUGGUGAAUGAGGAGAGUCGAUUCCCCAAGGGUACAGACAGCACCCUCCUGGAAAAACUUCACAGCCAGCAUGCAAGUAACCAUUAUUACAUGAAGCCUCGGGUGACAGAUCACCAAUUUGGAAUAAAACACUAUGCUGGGGAGGUUUUGUAUGACGUGAGAGGUUUUCUGGAGAAGAAUCGGGACACCUUCCGAGAUGACAUUUUAAACGUGCUGAAAGACAGUAGGCUGGACUUCAUCUACGAUCUCUUUGAAAGAGUCUGCAGCCACAGCAGCGAUGAAACACUGAAGAUGGGGACCCAGAGGCGCAGGCCAACUGUCAGCUCCCAGUUCAGGGAUUCUCUCCACUCCCUGAUGGCCACGCUGAACACCUCCAACCCCUUCUUCAUUCGCUGCAUCAAACCCAACAUGGCAAAAGCACCAAACCUCUUUGAUCCAGACAUGGUCCUGAACCAGCUCCGGUACUCGGGGAUGCUGGAAACAGUGAAGAUUCGACGGGCAGGCUUCCCUGUGCGGCGGCCCUUCCAGGACUUCCUUGGCAGGUACAAGAUGCUCGUAAAGAAUAUGUGCACCCUAAACCACAGCAAGGCCAUGUGUGCAGACUUCCUGCAGACCUACGACAACACCAGGAACGAGUGGCAGCUGGGCAAAACCAAGGUUUUCCUGAAGGAAGCUCUUGAACAGAAGCUGGAGAAGGACCGGGAAGAGGAGUUGAGGAAAGCGGCUGUUGUCAUCCGAGCCCACAUCUUGGGCUACAUGGCAAGGAAGAAGUAUCGAAAGGUGCUAGCCAGUGUCGUGAUCAUCCAGAAGAACUACCGCGCUCACUUCUGGAAGAAGGCCCUCCAGCGACUGAAGGCCUCUGCUAUUGUCCUGCAGAAGCACUGGCGUGGCCAACUGGCUCGCAGCCUCCAUCGGCACCUGCUGCAGCAGGAACAGAGACGAAAACAGGAGGUGGAGGAGAGAAGACGGCAAGAAGAGGAAGAACGGAUCAGAAGGGAGGAAGAGGAAAGACAAUGGCAAGAAGAGGAGGAGCUUAAAAGGAAACAGGAGGAGGAAGAGGAAAAAGAAAGAGAAAAGAAGCAACUGAAUGCUGUCCUCCAGGUAGCUCAGGUGGAGGUAGAAAGAGCCCAGGAGGAGGAGACCCCACUGGAGGAGGAGGAGAGACGUCAGAUGGAGGAAAUCCUGAGGCUGGAGAAGGAGAUUGAGAAGCUGCAAGAGCAGCAGAAGGCAGAUCACAUGUCCAUCAUCUGUGAAAACACCAGGAAUGAGAUCAGCCGGCAGCGAGAGGAGGAGAUCCAGCGGCUGGAAAAGGAGGCAUCCAGGGUCGCUCAAGAAUUCUUGGAGCUGCUGGACUUUGGAAACCUGGAUGAAAGUGUGCAGGGCCUGGAGCGCACACUCUCCAACGAAGGAACCCUCAGCAUGGACUCCAGCCUUGUGGCGCCCCUGGCUGAGGAGGAGGUUGAUGAAGGCUUUCAUGCUGAUGAUGAGGGACCACCUGUCCCUGGCCUGGUUGGACAGGAUGAGCACAGCUCCAGAACCAACGAGACAUGUUCUGAGGAAGACAGAGGCAUAAGUCAGACAUUUCUGCUACAAAAGGACGUGGAGAUGAGGAAUGCUCUGGGUCUGCCUCUGGAGAGGUCAGGAAGCCCUGAGGAGCACAGUGCUCUAUCAGACACUGCCGAAAGUGUUUAUAACACCAUCUCAGAAACACUGAGGAGCAACAGUGGGGAGGUGGGAGAGCCUGUCUACAGCUUACCCCCAGACGUGGAGUCUGACUAUGACCACGAGGAGUUUGAUGGCUUUGGAGAUGCAGGCAGCACUUCUGCUGAGCCCCUGAAUGGUGAAGAUGCCUUGAGGGCUUCCCAUGGGACCAGCAUGGGCUCAAACCGUGGCAGCCUGGACUCGUUUCUGGACAGUGAGGAGGAAGUGGAUGUUUACAUAGACACAGAUGAAGAAUUUUGCAAUGGCCGAGUCACCAUCUUCAAUGGCUCAGGACCACCCUACUUCCACAGCUAUCUCUACAUGAAGGGAGGUCUGAUGAAUCCAUGGAGGCGACGCUGGUGUGUUCUAAAGAACGAGGCUUUCAUGUGGUUCCGAACCAAGCAAGAGGCCCUGAAGUCUGGCUGGCUCUAUAAGAAAGGGGGAGGCAUGUCAACUCUGUCACGCCGUAACUGGAAACGCCGUUGGUUUGUGCUUCGAGAAUCCAAGCUGAUAUACUUUGAAAAUGACAGUGAGGAGAAGCUGAAGGGGACAAUUGACAUCAGAAGGGCAAAGGAGAUUGUGGAUAUUCAUGAGAAGGAAAACGCCUUGGACAUUGUGACAGAGGACAGAAUUUACCACGUCGUGGCAGAGUCACCAGAAGAUGCCAGUGGCUGGUUUAACGUCCUGAGCUGUGUGCACAGUGCUACAGUGCAGCAGCUGAGGGAGAUGCAAGAUGAACAGGCCAAUCCUAAGAACGCUGUGGGAACCGUGGAUGUUGGGCUUAUCGACUCGGUCUGUGCCUCAGACAAUCCUGACAGACCAAAUUCCUUUGUGAUCAUCACUGCGAAUCGAGUAAUUCACUGCAACAGUGACACCCCAGAGGAAAUGCACCACUGGAUCUCACUGCUGCAGAAACCCAAAGGCGAAUCCAAGGUGGAUGGUCAGGAGUUCCUUGUGAGAGGCUGGCUGCAUAAGGAAGUCCAGAGCAGCAACAAGAUGUCCUCCCUGAAGAUGAAGAAGCGCUGGUUUGUGCUGACAAACACUGCCCUAGAUUACUACAAAUCCUCAGAGCGCACAGCCACCAAACUGGGUACCCUCGUACUCAAUAGCCUCUGCUCAGUGGUCCAGCCCGAUGAGAGGGUCUUCAAAGAAACUGGCUUCUGGAACAUCAUUGUCCAUGGCAGGAAGCACUCAUACAGGUUAUACACCAAGCUGCUGAACGAAGCCAUGCGCUGGGCCUCUGCUAUCCAAGGUGUCAUUGACAGCAAGGUUCCCAUAGAAACACCCACACAGCAACUUAUUCGUGACAUCAGGGAAAACAGCAUGAACUUUGAAGUGGUGGAGCAGACGUAUCGGCGGAACCCCAUCCUGCGGUACACCCAGCACCCAUUGCAUUCCCCACUGCUGCCGCUGCCUUAUGGAGACAUCAGCAUUAACUUGCAGGAGGAGAAAGGGUACAGCAGCCUGCAGGAUGAAGCUGUGAAGAUCUUUAACUCCCUGCAGGAGAUUGAGACGGUGUCUGAUCCCAUACCCAUCAUCCAGGGCAUUCUACAAACCUGCCAUGAUCUGAAGCCACUCCGUGAUGAAGUGUAUUGCCAGUUGAUCAAACAAACAAACCACAUGCCCCAUCCCAACAGCACUGGGAACCUUCACCACUGGCAGCUGAUGUCCUGCAUGAGCUGCACUUUCUUGCCCAGUAGAGGGAUUCUCCGCUAUCUCAAGUUCCACCUGAGAAGAGUAAGAGACCUCUUCCCAGGCACAGAGAUUGACAGGUAUGCCCAGUUCGUCAGUGACUCUCUGAAGAGAACCAAAACCAGAGAGUUUGUGCCUUCCCAGGAGGAAAUACAGGCGCUCAUCACUCGUGAGGAAAUGACAACAACAGUGUACUGCCACGGUGGUGGGUCCUGUAAAAUCACCAUCAACUCCCACACCAGUGCUGGAGAGGUGGUUGAAAAGCUGAUCCGAGGGCUAGCCAUGGAGGACAGCCGCAACAUGUUUGCCCUCUUUGAAUGCAACCAGCGUGUGGCCAGGGCCAUCGAGAGCCGGGUCACUGUGGCCGAUGUCCUAGCCAAGUUUGAACGACUUGCUGGCUCUGAGGAAGAGGAGGAAGAAGGACACUGGCAGCUGUAUUUUAAACUCUACUGCUUCCUGGAUAUUGAAAAGGUCCCCAAGGAUGGAAUGGAAUUUGCUUUCAUGUUUGAGCAGGCUCAUGAAAGUCUUAUUGAUGGCCAUUUCCCUGCACCAGAGGAGACACUGCAGCACCUGGCAGCCCUGCGGCUGCAGUACCUUCAUGGAGACUAUUCCAAAAUCACCUGGAUCCUGGAUGGCAUUUACCCAGUGAACCGGCUAAAAUCCAAAAUCCUGCAUUCAACUAAGAGCAGCGGCACUACCAGUCACAUGCUGGAGAGGAGACGGACCAGCUUUCUGGAAGGGACAUUGAAACGGGGUUUCAAGACAGGCUCAGUCAAGAAGCAGAAGGUGGAAGAAGAGCAGAUGAUGGAGAUGUGGGUGAAGGAGGAGCUCUCAGCUGCUCGGACAAGCAUUGCGCAGAAAUGGAGCAAGCUUCAGGGACUGUCUCAACACCAGGCCAUGGUGAAAUACAUGUCCAUUGUAAAGGAAUGGCCCGGCUAUGGGUCGACCCUCUUUGAUGUGGAGUGUAAGGAGGGUGGAUUUCCAAACGAUCUCUGGCUUGGAGUCAGCACAGAGAAUGUGUCCGUGUACAAACGAGGGGACCCUAAACCACUGGAAACUUUUCAGUAUGAGCACAUUGUUUUCUUUGGUGCUCCACAGCCCAACACCUUCAAGAUCAUGGUGGAUGAGAGAGAGAUGUUCUUCGAGACCUCCCAGGUGGGAGAAAUCAUAAAGAUCAUGAAAGCCUACAUCAACAUGAUUGUGAAGAAGCGCUGCAGCGUCAAAUCAGCUGCCAGUCUGGACAGUCGUGCUAGUAUUUGGACUAGGUGAUAGGAAGGAACCCGCAUUCCUUGAGGUGGAGGCACUUGUCCAUAAUUGGAGUUUGCAGCCUGUCAGUGGAUGUGUAGCAAAGAUAUUUUAAAAAAUUCCACUGGACAGCAAAUAGAGGGAAGAACUGAAAUCUGGUAUCACCCAUACAGUGUCACAGGAAUUUCAUUUCUGCCCAAAGACAUUACAUGGUGAGAAGUUAUGGAAUAUGAACAUUCCAAGACUUGUAUUCCUCUUGCUUUCUUGAGGGACACUGUCUUUAAGGAAAGGCCAUGAGCCUCCGCUUUUGCUGCUUUCAUGAUUUGUGUCAUGUUCUGAAAAAAAUAAACAGGGAACACUUUGCAAUAGAGGAAGCAGGAAAGGGGUGUUUUUUGAGGCCAUUUGUGGUGGUUUCAGAAUUGGUCUACAAUAAAUGUGUUUCGUUUAGUUUGUAACCAAACUUACAGCUGCCUCACUAGGUGGUUCUCUCACCAAGACGUAUCGAUGAACUGAUCUGUACUUAAAACACCUGUGUGCUGGCAGUAUUUUCAAACCCAGGGAAUCAGAAUGAUGACACAGCCUCCAAAAUUAAAAUUACAAAAUAACGUAGGGUUUUUUUGCCUUCAGCAGAGAUUAAUAUGUUCACGACUCCAGCAGUUGACACUUUAAGAUAAGUACCAAAUACUACAAGUACCAAAUACAGCAAUUCAUGUGAUAGACUAUUGAGCAGCGGUAGUGCUGUAGUUGAAAAGGAACUGAAGCGGAGGGUGCAGCUACACCCCAAACUACUGAAUGGUGCUACUGAAUAGCUAUUGGAUUUGCCCUAAAUAGACAUGGGGGCAUGAGUUUUAUUUGGUUGCAUUUUCAAGGAAGUUCUCUGUAGCCUUCCAUUACCUUUCAUUUGG